AUGCUUCUUCCAUACGCCUGUGUGACUGCUCUAGUGUUUUUGAGUAUUAUUUUCAGUGGGAUUAGUUUGUUCACCUAUGGUUGGGCUACCAUCCGCCCAUUCAAUCCGUUGUAUCCUUUGAUUGACGAUGAUGAAAUUCUACUUGGCUUGGUUCCAUUUGACCCUGACACCCCGUUUGGAUGGUUGGUUGCCACGUGUAUUUUCAUGUACCUUAACUUUGCGUGCUCAAUUCUCACGUUUCUCUUCUGUGUGAUAGGAGCUAUAAUAUUCAUCCUCCGUGGUGACUCCAGAUAUCAAAAAUACAUUUAUGUGAUCUUAUGUGGUUCUACAUUUCUUACUGGAUUAUUCGGGGCGGUUGCAUUUGUGAUCUUUGUGGCGAGUUACCAUGAAGAGUUGGAAAACUAUUUCUAUGGAGAUGUUUCGUUCAUCCAAAGAAGAGCCCAACUUCAUUAUCAUAUAAGUUUCGAGUCAAUAAUUUCGAAAUCCAACUUCGCGAUCUCAACUCACUACCAUGGAACUCAUUCCUGUCGGGUGCACGACAACAAUCACUAUUACCUGGUUUACGAAACUCCAAUUCAAUAUGACCCUUUCAACAUGAGAACCGAAGAUUACCUCUCCUCAAUUGACUCCGCCGAUCCUCUCGGAAGUACGAAACCACCAAAUCUUCGCGGUGACUUCCCCGACAUCCGAGAAGAUUCAACAGCUGGUGAAGAUCUUUCCAUUCAACCACCAAUUGACAGUAUCCUUCAGUACCCCAACAAAUUCGCUUGGCCAGAUCCAGACGAGGAGAUUUCCAAGAAAAUCAUGAAAGCUGAAGAGGAAGCUAUACAGUCAAUGAAUGAACUAAUGGAAUCGGUUACUGAGAUCUCGAUAAUGAACUCCAUGGUCAACGCCACCGACGGACUCAAUAUCACCGAGAUCGAACUUCCAAAUCCCUCUCCAAUCCCGCGUAAUUUCGCUAAUUUGCGCGAAAAAGAUCGACUUCCUGAGAAUACGCAUUGUGAUAAAGAACAGAAAGACGGAAAUAAAUGUUGCGACGGACGACUAGCUUCAACGAUGAGAGAUGCGAUGCGACAUAUGGCCACGUCUCCGGACUUUGGAAAAGGAAAAGAGGGGAUUAUUGCAUCGGAGCUCCAACAAAAAGUACAACAGCGUUUCAAAAAGUCUUACGAAGUCAUCGUUUCGCGUUCCGACUUUGUGGUUUCCUCAUAUAACGGCGGUGACACAUUUUGCAAGUUUGAAAACAAAGGAUUUUAUAUCUUGGCCUACUCCACCCCAAAACAGUAUGAUAUUGAUGAGAAAGAAGAUGAAAUGGAGUUAGCAGCCACUUCCAACAAAGAACCAUUAGGCUCGAAUGAGACAAUGUUUGAAAACGAGGCUCCGUGGCACAUCCCACUUCAAUUAGAACGAUCUGGAGAGCGAGCAGGAUAUCCUGUAGGCUCACAUUGUACAGAAGCAAGGACAGGUUCAAAAUGUUGCAGUUUGAUUCUAUUCAACGCCAUGAAAACCGGAUACGACAAUCAUGUAGCCACAUCAAAUUUCGAUGCGUAUGAUAUCCGAAAUAUUUCGAAAGCAGUUCAAUGGAAUGUCGAGGAAGUGCUUCAACACUCCGCAGAAGUUAUAGUUUCUUUGGAUGACUUUGCCUAUGCCACCUACAAUAAUAACAGUUAUAUCUGUAAAUAUAGAGUAGACAAAUAUUACAUGCUAGCUUACACCACCCCAAAUCAUGAUUUGGAUGAUUACGAUGAGAUGGCACUCACAAAAAUCGAAACCGAGCCGGAAGCUCAACUUGUAUUCCCUUCUGUUGAUCGGUCCACAAAUCAAGUCCCAUUCCAAAAUACGCCAGCUCCAUACUGGACCACUCCACGACCAAUACCAACUCAAGUGUUCCAACCAAUACAGUAUACCCAACAACCUAUGUAUCAUCAGCAACAACAACAACCAGUUUACAAUCAACAACAGCAAUUUUUCAACCAGCAACCAAUGUAUCAUCUUCAACCAUCGUUCAAUCAAGCGCCUCUUCCUUAUCACUACCCGGGGCAGGCAUCGCAGUUCAAUCCGUUCUUGGCUAACAGUUUUCAUCGGUCGAAAAGACAAAUCGGCGCUUCGCCGUACCCCAUCCAUCAAAACGUCUACAAUGACAUUGGAAGUGCAAAACCGUUCAAUUGUCCCGCAGGUCUUAGUGGGUUGUCGGGUAUGGCUUGCUGCGACGGAGGCCUUCAGUUCGAAGCGAACAAAGUGAUUGAUCAAGCCAAACAGGCACCAGACUUUGAUAAACACAACACGAGGAACCUCGCGAAAUUGAUGACUCGUGCAGUGCAAAAACGUUUUGGAACCACCUUUGAGUCUAUUGUAGCAGAAGCUGAUUUCUCAUGGGGUACCAAUAAGUUCAAUGGGAGAACUUGUAAAAUUGACAAUGAUGGGUACACCGCUCUGACAUAUCAGUCAAGCUCCAAACCACCACCACCGAGCGAUUUUCUGGAUAUUCCUGGUGAUCCAACACUCGGUGGUCCAACUGGAUCCAGUGGUGGCGGAGGAGGUGGUGGUGCCGGAGGCAAUGGAGGCGGCGGCGGCGGCGGAUCUGGAGGAUCUGGUGGUGCUGCAAGUGCGGACGCGUCGUCUGGAGGUGGUGGCAACGGCGGAGGUGGUAAUGGAGGAGGUGGUAAUGGAGGUGGUGGUAAUGGUGGAGCAGCUGGAAACGGAAACGGUGCCGCCGGAGGCAACGGAAAUGGCGCGGCGGCCGGUAAUGGUAAUGGCGGUGGUGCUGGUAAUGGUAAUGGAGCCGGAGCAGGAAAUGGAAAUGGAGCUGGUGCCGGUGAUGCGUCCGCAGCUGCCGCUGCCGCCCACGCUCAGGCUGCUGCUGCUGCCCAAGCCCAAGCAGCUGCUUCUGCUGCUGCUCAACAAGCUGCAGCCGCGGCGGCCGCCAAUGCGGCUCAACAAGCAGCAGCCGCCGCUGCUGCUGCUAACAGUAACGACGCUUUUUCUGCACUUGCCGCUGCCGCUGGUGGUGCAUGCUUUUCAUUGGAUACUUGGGUUACUACACCUUCCGGGAAGAAGCGUAUGGACCAAAUUGAUAUUGGCGACUAUGUGUUGACAGCUGGAUUAGACGAGACCUAUUUCACACCAAUCACCCUAUGGAUCCAUCGAGAACCUGAACGUGUCCAAGAAUUCCUGACUAUUAUGACAGAAUACGGAAAAACUCUUCGGAUGACCGCACGUCACUUCAUGUACCGGAACAAAUGUGGAAAUUCCUACCAAAAAUACAUCAAAAUCCUUCCACACGACGCCGAGGCUAUAUUCGCUGAAGAUCUACGCGUUGGCGACUGUGUUGUUGUGAUGUAUCGCGGGAAAUUCCAUCAGCAGAAGAUUGAGAGUAUCAUCAAAAAUGUCAGAACUGGAAUAUAUUCUCCUCUCACCAAUAAUGGAAGAAUAAUUGUGAACGAUAUGCUGUCGUCUUGCUAUAGUGAAGUGCAGCAAAACACACUUCAGACUACUUUUUUCUGGGCAUAUGACAAACUACGAAACAAGCUGACCGAGUUCUUCGGAGACUUAUACAACAAAAAGAUCGAGCUUCCAACUGGAACGACGCUGUCAAAGGAGAUCAUGAGUCUGGUGCUACCCAUCAGGAAGUGA